AUGUGGAGAAGAUACUGUAAAAAUCGUGAGAGGAAUACUGUAAAAGAAAAAGUCGUGGAUGAUACAGAUCAAUAUCACACCGAUAUAGAGACAUGGGACAUUAUGCGGCGCCAUGAUUAUCCAUUUAUCGAUUUUUACCAAGAACAUAACUCACGCAUUCAAGUGGAUAACACAUCUUGGAACUACGUUCAGGAAAACGAUAAUCAAUUUGUAGAUGAGCCAUUAGAUGUAGCGAAUACGAAUACGUUAGACGUGAGCACCACUUAUCGGCAGUCUAGCAUUAGGGAAAGACAAGAGGCACUAACGAGGCUCAAAUCAUUAGUAAUUCAUGAGUUCGAUCUAGCUGAAGAAAAUAUACAAAAUGACAG